GAGCGCGCCGGGGACCGCCGAGUUUGGCUUUGUCUGGGAGAUAACGGCACCGCGGCCGCCACCGCUCUGCCCUUCACCCCGCGGCCCCACGCGUCGCUCCCGGCGGGCGCCCGGCUCCGCUGACGUGGCCAAGGCCGUGGCCAAGGCCGGCACGGGGCCGAGCGCACCCGAUGCGUCCCAACGGGCUGCCCGGGCCGGGGAGGGGUCACUGUGCUGGGGGCCGCGUGGGGACAGCUGAGCGGCCGCGUCCUGCGCUGGUGGAUGCGGGGCCCGUUGCCCCGUCCUUGUUCCGCUGCCAGAGCGGAGAACCCCAAGGGCACGAGGAGAGCGCGGGUGAAAGGCACCCGGACCCACUCGGGUGGAAAUUCCCAUCGCCAGAAACUGAAAAAACCUCUGUGCUCCCGGGAGGCGCCCGUUUGUUGCAGCCCUUUGAAUUCCUUUGGAUUUUGGGACGCGCGGCGUGGGUGCCCUGAGCGCAUCCCCUGCUCCUGCUGGGAAGGAGCGAGGCUGCGCCCUCGCCGCUCCCGGGGGUGACACAGCAGCUCACCGGGAAACAAAACCCCGGGUUUGCUUCGCGCUGGGCGUGUUGCGUCCGACUGUUGCACAACCGUGCCCGCUGUCUGCGAACACCGACGUGGGUUUGGUUUGCUCGCAGCGGGCACCGCGCCGUGAAUCAUUAACCCGCGGGUACAACAACGCGCUGCAACACGCGCUGCUGCCUUUCCCGGCUCAGCUCCGCGCCGGCGGGUCCGGGCCAUGUGCGUCCGAGCCUCUCCCCGCAGCCGCCCCGCAGCCCGCAGGGAGCGCUGCCGGGCCGGGCCGAGCCGAUCCGAGCCGUGCCGGGCGGAGCGCGGCGGUCAUGGGGCCGGGCUGGCGGCGGGCGGUGAGCAGCUACUCCAGCCCGCAGGUGGUCGUGGUGCGGGACGGGCGCCUCGGCAUCGCGUACCGGGCACUGCAGCUCCUGGUGCUGCUCUACUUCAUCGGGUAUGUGCUCAUCGUGCAGAAGGGCUACCAGGAGAGAGAAACGGGCCCGGAGAGCUCCGUCAUCACCAAGGUCAAGGGCGUGACGCAGUCGCCCAGCAAGGUCUGGGAUGUCGGGGAGUACGUGGCCCCCCCCGAGGGUGCGAGCAGCUUCAGCAUCCUCACGCGGGUGGAGGUGAGCGCUGCCCAGGUCGUGGGGACGUGCCACGAGGGUCCCAGCGCUGCAUGCCGCUCAGAGCAGGACUGUGUCCCCGGGGCCAUGGAUGCAUCCCACCUCGGUGUGAGGACGGGGCGCUGCGUGCCCGGGGGCAGCGGGAGGAGCUGUGAGGUGCUGGCCUGGUGCCCGCUCCAUGGAGGCAGCAGCAGCGAGUCCCUGGCGGAGAUGGCAGCGCAGCUCACCAUCCUCAUCAAGAACCACAUCCGCUUCCCCCGCUUCGGCUUCUCCAGGGCCAACAUUCAGGCGGCCGAGAGCCACUACCUGAAGAACUGCACCUUCAACGCCACCUCCGCGCCGUACUGCCCCAUCUUCAGGCUGGGCUUCCUGGCUGAGCAGGCGGGUGAAAACUUCACGGCUCUGGCUGAGAAGGGUGGGGUGAUCGGUGUCAUCAUCAGCUGGGACUGCAACCUGGACCUGCCCGACACCGAGUGCAACCCACGCUACUCCUUCCGCCGCCUCGACCCCAAAGGGGCAUUGGCAUCCCCAGGCUACAACUACAGGUUUGCCAAGUACUACAGCUGGAACGGGACCUGCACGCGGGUGCUGACCAAGGCCUAUGGGAUCCGCGUGGAUGUGAUGGUGCAAGGCCAGGCGGGGAAGUUCAGCCUGAUCCCCACGGUCAUCACGUUGGCCACCGCGCUCACCUCGGUGGGACUGGGCUCCUUCCUCUGUGACUGGGUGCUGCUGUGCUGCAUGGACAAGGAGCGGCGGUACAGCAGCAGGAAAUUCGAGCAGGUACCACUGGGCUGAGGAUGCUCCUCUGCAGCCCCAGACCAUCCCCUCCCCCCACCCCAAAGGUGACAUUUCCCACGCAGAGCUGUGCCCAUGGCCGGGCAGGCUGUGCCCUACAGCCACCCACCACUGCUGCCAAUAAACCACUGCUGCUAA